AUUUCAAAUUUACAAUGAUAAAAUAUUUUGAACUGUUGCUUUAACUGUAAUCUACUGUACAUCUACAACAAAACUGGUCUCCUCCUCCAAGAGCAAAUGUAGCCACUCCCACUUCACCUAUCCUACCUUUGAACUGCAAGAGCCUCAAGGUCUUCUGGGUAUUGUUCUGUGAACAUGGCUCUCAUGGAGGCAUUUCUUCAGGUUUCCAGCACAGGAACAUUAAUCUGCUGCUUGCUUCUGCUCUUAGCUGUUUAUCUCCUGUUCUUCCGGUCUCAGAGAGACGAAAAUGAACCUCCAGGGCCAAAACCAUUGCCACUUUUGGGAAAUCUGCCAAUGUUAGACGUCAACAAACCCUAUUUGAGCCUGUGUGAGAUGGCAAAGCAGUUCGGCCCGGUUUUCACAGUCUACUUUGGUCCAAAGAAAGUGGUUGUGUUAGCCGGCUACAAAACCGUGAGGGAAGCUCUUGUUAAUCAUGCAGAUGAAUUUGGAGACAGAGAAAUCUCGCCACUGUUCCAUGAUUUAUCUAAAGGGCAUGGUAUUAUAUUUGCCAAUGGAGAGAGUUGGAGAGAGAUGAGACGGUUUGCUCUCACCAACUUACGAGACUUCGGGAUGGGAAAGAAAAAAAUUGAGGAGAAAAUCAUAGAGGAAACAUGCCAUUUACUAGAGGAAUUUGAGAAGUUUGGAGGAAAGCCUUUUGAAACCACACGGCUGAUGAACUACGCUGCUUCAAGUGUCAUCUGUUCCAUUGUGUAUGGACGCAGGUUCGAGUAUACAGACCCUCAACUACGGAGUAUGGUGGAUCGAGCCAAUGAGAGCGUCAGGCUGAGCGGGACAGCAUCCGUGCAGCUCUACAACAUGUUUCCGUUCUUAGGUCCAUGGCUCAAGAAUUUGAAACUAAUCAUGAAUAAUCUAGCACUCGAUAUCAAAGAGAUAUCAGAGGUGGUGAGCAGUUUACAUCAAACACUGAACUCACAGGAUCUCAGAGGCUUUGUGGAUUCAUUCCUCGUCCGCAUGCAGAAUGCAGAGGAAUCUGGAGAGAAGAACUCACUUUUCCAUAAGCAGAACCUCAUUUUAACAGUCGCCAACCUGUUUGUCGCUGGUACAGACACUACUAGUACAACACUGCGCUGGGGCUUGCUGCUUAUGGCCAAAUAUCCACACAUACAAGAUGGGGUUCAGGAGGAGAUUGACCAGGUGAUCGGUGGACGGCAGCCGGUAUCAGAGGACAGGAAGAACUUACCGUAUACAGACGCUGUGAUCCAUGAAACCCAGAGAUUUGCAAACAUAGCACCCAUAAGUAUCCCACAUAUGACCAGCUGUGAUGUUCACUUCAAUGGAUACUUCAUCAAGAAGGGCACAUGUGUAUUUCCUCUUCUAAUGUCUGUGCUGUGGGAUGAGGAUGAAUGGGAAACCCCCCAGAACUUUAAACCCCAACACUUCCUGGACAAUCAGGGGCGAUUUGUGAAGAGAGACGCCUUCAUGCCCUUCUCUGCAGGCCGCAGGGCUUGUCUUGGAGAGAGUUUGGCCAGGAUGGAGCUCUUCCUGUUCUUCACCUCCCUCCUUCAGCGUUUCCGCUUCACUCCUCCUCCAGGAGUGUCUGAAGAUGAGCUGGAUCUCACUCCAGCGGAUACAGGGAUUGUCUUGGAGAAAGUUUGGUCAGGAUGGGGCUCUACUUGCUCUUCACCUCCCUCCUUCAGUGUUUCAACAUCAACUGAACUGAUCUAUCAAUCAACUGGAAAAGGUUCAGGUUUAAUAAAUAUUACUUAAACUAUCCAAAAACCCAGUGCAAUAAUUAUAUAUUUUUUUUACAUGAGCAAUGAAUGAACUGUUCUAGUUAUAGUAAGCAUUGUUAUGCUUGGUUCUCUCUGUCAAUAUCUCUAUUAUUAUAUAAAUAAAGGAAUCUCACAACCACAUGCUACUCAGUGCUCUCACUUUACUUCACGUGCUCGCGCAUCUCAAUGACGUCAAAUACACAGGACUCACAGAUUAACCAUACAUGGUCUGUCACAUCGUUCUGACAAUAUAUAACAUAUUGUAACAAGCAUAAAACCAUGUCACAUAUAAAAUAAGAAAACUGAAGUAUGUCUGUUUAAAGCACUUUCUGAAUUUUGUGAGUUACCACCAUUUUGGCAGCAAAAGCAUCUUUUCUUAAUUGGUGUCAGUGUUUUCUGGCGAAGUGCAAAUUUAUUUUCUAAAAGUGUGAAAUCACCAUCUAUAUAUACAUAUACAUACAUAUUAUCGGGUGAAGUCAAAACAAGUCGGCUUGUGGGAUCAAAACAUUAACUGAAGUUCAAGAGUUGACUUUAUUAAGUUAAUUCAAAUGAGAAAGAACUUAAUUAAAAUAACUUUUCAAAUUUUUGAUUUUGAAAUGUUCCUUUUUGCUUUUUUAAAAUCAUCAUAAACACUUGUGAGAAAGUUUAAACUUCCAAGAGGCUUGUGAAUGGACAAAAUUAUGGUCAAUUAUGAAUAACACUGAAAAUACUAGUCACUGGAUGGAAAAAAGUGAAGAGUUAGAGAGCUUUGCAUUUAAGUUAAUCAUGACAGGUGAUCAUCAUUACACUUUUAUGGACAUGAUUGUUACAUAUGGUGUGAACUGUGCUGCUCUGCAACAAAUUAUUUCCUCAUAAUGUUUAUCUAUCUUGCUGAUUAACAUUAAUAGGAAACUUUGGCACUAAAUGUAACAACAUGACAUUUCUCUUACUUUUGUAUAAGCCUGGAAGAAAUUGAUGCUAAAUCACUUGGUGUCUGUCAAUUUUAAAACACUACUGCAUGCAUUCGAAAAUAUUUAGUGAUUUGCAAAUGCUUCUAAGGCUGCAUUUUUAAUGAUAUUGUGUGUAGUUUUGUUGUUCAGUAUAUGUGUAUUUUUAUAACUGGGUCACCUACUGUAUCUUGGCAAGGACACUCCUGUAAAAUAGAUUUUUCAUCUCAGCGAGGGUGUCUCCUGG